ACAACUCCGAGCUCACUCAUCAGAGAAGCGCACGAGGCAGGAGGAGAAGCUACCAGGUCGGAAGGCCAGGCAUAAGAGGGCGAAUUCGAGAGAGAGAAAGAAGCCAAGAUGCCGGGUGGGUUUAUUUCGCAGCUGGUGUCGACGUACAUGACGUCGUCCGAGGACCUUGACGCGGAGGCCGCCAAGCGCGGGCACGCCAGCCACCAGAACCGGUUGGCGCUCGUCGAAGACCUUGGGAGGCCUGCCAAGACCGCGGGCAACAUGCGACACAAAGUUCUAUCCGGGAGGCUGAAGAGGGGUUACAACCCCGUCUACUGGAACGACAGCGUCGCCGUGGGCACCGUGGCGUCGGAGCGAAACACCAUCGACACGUGCAUCUUCUGGAUGGAGCAGGAGAAGCUCCGGCAGCAGGGGAAGCCGCACGUCUACGUGGACGCGCAGGGAGAGGUUUAAUUAACGGUUUUUGUGGUUUUCGUGGCUCUACGUAUGAGCAGCAGGUGUGUUUGGUCGGUUGUGUAGUAGCGCCAUCGCGAUCUUCUCGGGAAGUGGAGGAGGAUAGCGUGAGAGAAGAUUUAGGGGGACCCCGGAAGGCUGGGGGUCUUGAGUCUACAGACAAGAGAAGAGAGACAGGUAUAACUGCAACUCUCCAGUGCUUCGAGUUGAAGACUACCCUGCAAUUUGUCGUCAAGUCUGAUGAGACUACCCUUCGUCAUGAUCGAAGCGUGCACGUUUGGACUGUUGGUUCUACGGGGAACACCUAGGGGUCUGUACGAUGGAGGGGCGGCGAAAUAGCGAAGCACCCAAUACACCACCGCUGUCGUUCGUCGUCGUCGUCGCUGUUCGCUAUUAAGACAAGUACAUCGACUUCAUGUGCUUGUUUUGUGGUCCUGCAGUCCGUGCGUGUUGACUGCCGUCUGGGCAGAUCCCCGCACCCACCACCGGGUGGUCAGCCAACCACACGCGCUGGUAUGUAACUAGAGGCUUUCCACGCAAAACACGCUCUCAGAGGGUCGGAAUCGUAGCCUGAUUGACGUGUGAGGUUGCUCGUUAACGUCUCUGUGUGAAGAAACCAAGUCUCUGGGGCGGUGACUUGGUUACCAAGCGGCUUGCCCAACCGCUGGCACGACCACGGCACAGCUGCUCCAAAGGGGCGGGGUGCCGGAAAAUCCUCAAACAAGCAAUUGGUG